CGUUCGCAAUCCAGUUUCUCUGUAGUUCUGAUUUUCUCUUCCUAAUCUAAACCCCCGAAGUCCAAAAACCCUAAUCAUGUCCUUCUACCGACAAACCCUCCUCCGAUCCCUCCGUACAGUAGCCGGCGCUGUUGCCGAAGCCGUUGAGCCGCGACCCGCAGUGCUCAGAUUAUUAUCCCGGUCGUACGCCUUCUCCUCUGCCGAGGAAGCAGCCGCCGAGCGCCGCCGCCGUAAGCGCCGCUUACGCAUCGAGCCCCCCCUCCAUGCCCUGCGUCGCGACCCCAACAUUCCCCGUCCUCCACGCGAUCCUAACGCUCCCAGGUUACCCGAUUCCACCUCUGCCCUCGUCGGCCCCCGCCUAUCUCUUCAUAACCGCGUGCAAACCCUCAUCCGAUCCGGAGAGCUCGACGCCGCCUCCUCCCAUGCACGCCACGCUGUCUUCUCCUCCGUCAGACCCACUGUGUUUACAUGUAACGCCAUCAUGGCGUCCAUGCACCGCGCCCACCGCCUCGACGAUGCCGUAGCCCUUUUCCACUUCUUUUUCGUUCAGCAGAACAUUGUCCCCAACAUCGUCUCCUACAACGUCCUGAUCAACACCCACUGCGAUGCUGGCCGCGUUGACACCGCCCUCGAAGUUUACCGUCACAUACUGGCCAACGCCCCUUUCUCUCCUUCCCCUGUCACCUAUCGCCACCUCACAAAGGGCCUGAUUGACUCUAGCCGUAUCACCGAGGCCAUCGAUCUCCUCCGCGAGAUGCUCAGCCGUGGCCAUGGUGCUGACUCGCUCGUCUACAACAACCUCAUGUCAGGCUUCAUCAACCUUGGCAACAUGGACAAGGCCCUUGAGCUCUUUGAUGAGCUUCGUGAGCGGUGCCUUGUUUAUGAUGGGGUUGUGCAUACUACAUUGAUGGAAGCUUACUGGAAGCAGGACAAGGACAAGGAGGCCAUGGAGUCUUACCAGUCCCUCAUCGAUCGCCAGUUCAAGAUGACCCCAGCUACAUGCAACGUUCUCCUGGAGACCCUCCUGAAGCAUGAUAAGGUGGCGGAUGCCAACAAACUAUUCGAGCAUAUGCUGGAUGAGCAUAAGCCCCCAAAUUUCAUGGCUCUUAACACGGAAACCUAUAAUAUAAUGGUUAACCGUUGCUUCCACGAAGGAAAAUUUGCUGAGGCCAUUGAAGUUUUCCACAAGACGGGGUUGAAGCCUUUUGCCAUGGAUGUUGGUUGCUAUAAUAAUAUUAUUGGUAAGCUAUGCAAGAAUGGAAUGCUAGAAGAGGCAGAAAAGCUGUUUGAGGAAAUGCCGAGCAAGUCUAUUAACCCUGACACUGCUUCUUAUGGAUUCUUGGUUGAUGCAUGCUUUGAGAAUGGUCGUCUUGAGGAUGCUAUGGAAUAUUUUGGCAAGGUGGUGGCUAGUGGAGAGGGUGCCCCAAAGGCUGUCCUGGAAGUAUACAACAAGACCUUUGAUGGUUUGGUGAGAGCUGGAAGAAUAGGUCAGGCUAUGGAUAUUUUUGAGAAGAUGGGUGAGAGAGAGGUAAAGCCAAAUGCAUUAUGUUAUGAGAUUUUGGUCACUGGCCUAUGUAAAGAAGGAGACUUGGACCGUGGACGGGCAUUGUUGGAAGAGAUGGUAAAAGGCGGCAUUCGUGCUAGCAUUGAGCUUCGUUCAUUUGUAUCAGACACUUUUCAGAUGGCAGGACGGGGUGGAGAGAUUGAAUUGCUACUUGCUGGUAAGAGGGACUCCAGUCCUCAAAUCACUUCUGUCCAACAGAUGGCGCCCAAUACUGCUUCUGAAGCUUCCAUUGAUCAGCAGGUGGGAGCAAUUGUUCAAUACUCUAGAUGAUCUUCUAAGAGGAAAUACUUGCCUGUUAUUGACACAGUUUGGUUGGAUUGCUUGUUCCAAUUUCGUUUAGUUAUCUAUGAAUGCCAGGAGAUCAUGUUAUUUGAUGAACUUCACUAUUUUUUAUAUGAUAAAAUGAUAUGUUAAUUGGAUCA